AACAUAAACAUGAUAAAGAUGGCGGCCUCCAUGGCCAAGGUUUUCGUCAAACUUUGAAUCCAAAAGUUGAUUUAGAUUAAUUAUUUGAGCCCUCAUUUAGUCGGAAAAGACAUCAUCAUGUUACUAUUGAAGCUGUACAGAUGUCAUCUUUGUCACUGUUUGAAAGUUAUUAGGACUAGAUGUGGUUUAAGUGAUGGCACGAGUCGAAGUGUAUCGACCGGUAUGACCGGCAACAUGGGCAACAAUGGCAUGUCGAUGGCGUCGACUGCUGUAUUUUUGAAAGCAAGAUCAAGCGUAGGUCUCCUUCGAAGUGAUCGCCAGAGCCGAAAAACUUUUCUUACAUCUGGACCUGGAAGAUCAGCAUCAGAUCAAAGGAAAUCAGGGGAUGCAAUUGAUAUGUCAAUGUUUCCAGUGGAGAACAUUCGGAACUUCAGCAUCAUUGCUCAUGUUGACCAUGGAAAGAGUACACUGGCAGACAGACUACUGGAGCUUACAGGUACAAUCUCUAAGACAUCUGACAACAAGCAGGUUUUGGACAAGUUACAGGUGGAGAGGGAACGUGGCAUCACUGUCAAGGCUGUCACAGCGUCAAUGUUCUACUCACACAAGGGAAAGAAAUACCUACUGAAUCUCAUCGACACACCCGGCCAUGUUGAUUUCAACUAUGAGGUGUCUCGCUCUCUCAAAGCCUGCGAGGGGGUGCUACUCCUAGUGGACGCAAACCAAGGAGUCCAAGCUCAGACAGUGGCCAACUUCUACCUGGCAUUUGAGUCAGAUCUGUGCAUCAUUCCUGUCUUGAAUAAAAUUGAUUUGAAGUUUGCUGACCCUGAGGCAGUAGCCAAUCAGAUCAAGACGCUGUUUGACAUUGAGAGAGAGGACGUCUUGUCCAUAUCUGCCAAACUUGGGACAGGAGUGGAUGAAGUGUUACCUGCAGUCAUCGACAGAAUACCACCACCACAGAGUGACCUUGAAUUACCCCUCAAGGCCCUCAUCUUUGACUCCUGGUAUGACCAGUACCGUGGAGCCAUCACCAACAUCGCCCUCAUUGACGGCAAACUGAGGAAAGGAGACAAGAUCACUGCGGCCCACUCAGGCAAGACGUAUGAGGUGCAGGAGAUAGGGAUUAUGCAUCCAGAGCAAGUGGCCUGCAGAGAAUUGUUUGCCGGACAGGUUGGCUACAUGAUCGCAGGCAUGCACAACCUCCAUGAGGCCAGGAUUGGUGACACCAUCUAUCACCAGAACAACGCAGUGGAGCCCCUACCAGGCUUCAAGGCUGCUAGGCCCAUGGUGUUUGCCGGUCUGUACCCAAUUGACCAAUCAGAGUAUCUGGGCCUAAGGUCAGCUAUAGAGAGACUGACACUGAAUGACAGUAGCGUGACAUUGAGCCGUGAUAGCAGCCCAGCCCUGGGCCAAGGUUGGCGUCUGGGCUUUCUAGGUCUCCUGCACAUGGAUGUCUUCAAUCAGAGACUGGAGCAAGAGUUCAACGCCAACGUCAUCGUCACCGUCCCCAGCGUGCCGUACAAGGCUAAAAUGAAGGACACAAAGGCUAACAGACAGCAGUAUGGAGACAAUGAGGAGAUUACGAUAUACAACCCAUCACUCUUUCCAGACAGACAACAUGUUGAAGAGUACAUGGAACCAUUGGUUCUUGGAACGAUCAUCACACCAGAUGAAUACAUCGGCAAAGUCUUCAGCUUGUGCAUGAAUAAGAGGGGUGAGCAGGUUGAGUACGUGUACAUUGACACCAAGCGUGUUCUGCUGAAGUACAAACUGCCCCUGAAUGAGAUCGUAGUGGAUUUCUUUGAUCAACUCAAGUCAAUAACAUCGGGAUAUGCAAGCUUUGAUUACGAAGACUGUGGCUACCAGUCAGCCGACCUAGUCAAGCUCAGCAUCCUCCUCAAUGGCCGAGAAGUUGAGGAACUAGCCACCAUCAUACACCGAGACAAAGGUCGAGAGGUUGGCAAGGCGGUCUGUGCCAAGCUGGCUGAUACCAUACCCAGGCAGCUGUAUGAGGUGGCUAUACAGGCUGCUGUCAGUAACAAGAUAGUGGCUAGAGAGAACAUCAGAGCGCUGAAGAAGAACGUGCUGGCCAAAUGUUAUGGCGGUGACAUCAGCAGGAAAAUGAAACUCCUAAAGAGACAGUCAGAAGGCAAGAAGAGGAUGAAGAUGUUUGGUAAUGUGGAGGUACCCAAGGAGGCCUUCCUGUCAGUCCUCAAGAGGUGACGACUGCGUGACAAUUGCGAGGUUCUUAUACAACCAGCUAACAUCACAAGGCAAAGGGUUUCUGUUGCCUAUAAUAUGCCUCACCGGAGAGCCGACUCUAUUCAAGCCAGGAACCUUAUCAGUGUGAGAGCGUGUCUUUUAAAGGAGACAAAUUGAGGCAUUCAUGGAUGUGGAGGAAACCAAGUAGGCUUUUUUGUCAAUCCUCAAGGGACUAUUGUGAGGUUCUUAAACAACUAUCAGUCUCACAAGGAGAUGACGUCCUGUUACCUCAAAUAUGCCUCAACAGACAGCAGACUUUUCAUGCUGAGAUCCUCUUCAGAGUGAGAGUGCCUCUUAAGAUAUGAUGACCUUGAGGCCACAGCGAGGUUAAUUAUACAACCAACAUCACAAGGAGGUGACUCUUUCAAGCCAAGAUGCCCUUCAAGAUAAGAGUGCUCUUAAAGUGAUAACAACAUUAACUGAAUCAGACAGUAGACUCUUUUUAUGCUGUGAAACUUGACUGCUGUCAACAAUGUGAGAUCUGCUCACAGUUUUAAAUGUUGUCAUUGCUGGAAAGUAAAGGGAUGUACUGCACCCUUGCAUCCCUUGAUGGUUUCUAGGCAGCCGUCUUCCCCUUUGGUGAAUAAUAAAUAUUACUAUACCUCAUACAUAUUCAUGAUCGAGAGCCGAACGUUCACUGGUCAAUUCACCAUCACGUGCCAGAUGUUAUUCUUGCUGUUUA